GAGAAACCUAGGAUCGGGUGGGUCAUUAAGAGAGAGAAAAACAGCUGAAGGACAGCAGUAAUCUCUGAAUGCUUCACAACAGCAACACAGCUGCCUUCCUGUGUCCUGAACCCUUGUUGUCAGGGUUACCUCUCCACAGAGACGCACUCUCAAAGGUAGGGGAGGGCUUCAAAGGAGAGGAGACCCUCACCUUGAUGGUGUUAAGAGCGAGGAUGUGGCAGAGAUAGGACGGCAGGUUGCCCGUGGAGGAACAAGUGGAGUCAAAACCUGCAGAAAGAAGGAAGAAGGAGUUGGUUGAAGUGAAAGUUGACAUCUGAGGAUGGGCUAUGAUCUGGAGAGGUUUGUAGGUUACGUGAAUGAGGGUCUACUGUGCUGUGUGUGUCGAGACGUGCUGGAGCGCCCCCUCCAGGCACCCUGCGAACAUGCUUACUGCAGCUCCUGCAUCAGCACCUGGCUGGUCCAUCACCACUCCUGUCCUGAGGACAGACUGCCACUGGAUGUGGGUAGCCUCAAACCACUGUACAGGUACAUGCGUAAUGAUCUGAACCGUCUGCAGAUCCGCUGUGUGAAUGCAGCACAGGGGUGUGAGGUGGUCUGCUCCCUGGAGAGCCUCCACUCACACGAGGACGAGUGCGAGUUUGCCUUCAUAUCCUGCGCUAACACAGGUGGAGAGUACAUAUGUUACCACUGUGGCUGUCCCGUGCAGGUCGAGAGGCGGGGCUUGGAGGCUCACCUGUCAGAAUGUAGCUUUCGCAGCAGGGAGUGUCCCAAUGGUUGCGGCCACACGCUGCUCUCCAUCGACCAGUCACAACAUAACUGUGUAGCGGAGCUGCGCACUGAGGUGGAGAUGCUCAGGGUGGAGAUGCUGUGCAAGGUGGAAGAGGUGAGAAGAGAGAUGGAGUCUCGGCUGGACUCGCAGAGGAGACACAUGGUGCAGAAAGAGUCUCAGCUGAAGAACGAGGUGGAGGAGCUCAAGGGUCAGCUAUCCCGUGUGAUGUGUGACAUGCGUGCGCUGCUAGGUGCAGAGCGUUUGAGGAGACAAGAGCUGGCAGAGGCAGAGCUGGAAAAGAGAGAACUGCUAGAGCUCCUCAGAGACCUGCAGCCCACCAGGAGCCAGAAUCCCACUGAACAGGCAGCCAGGGACCAGCAUCAGGGAGAGGCACAGACAUCAGGCUGGGAACUCCACACCGAGCCAACCAGACAGCAACAGAGAGAGGCUUCUUCACAUGCCUCCAGUCUAUCACUGCAUUCAGCCCAGGCUUCACAUGCAUCAGGCCCACCCCCAUCACCACAGCUGGGUGAGGGAGGGCGCAAGGGUGGGACCCGGAGUCUGACCUUGGACUGCAUCAAAAAGAAGAGCAGGGAGGUGACGGUGAUCUGAAAAAGCUGCAAUAUAUGAAAUCUUUAUUUUUUUAUUAUUUAGCAACAAAAUUAGGGUUUUGGUAAAACGUGUUACAAAAGGAAGGUUUUGUUACGCUGUGUUUUUAAUGCUUAAAGAGCAGGUCUUUGUGUGUUGGAUUUCCUUCAGACCCCCAAUAGAGAUUAUUAUUAUUUGACCAUGACAUCAGACUAAACCAUUAUUUUGAACCACCUGACGUCAUUUUAAAUGUGUCGUCAGUGAGCUUCAAGAAGUUGGAAUCACCAAACCUGUAUUUUUACAACUGAAGUUAACCCCAUAACGAUUCAGUGUGGGUUUUUGUGAAAUUGAGAAUGCAAAAAAUAGACAAGUUUAAAAAAAAUUAUGUUGAAUUUUUUUCAAUGGGAGAGAAAGUUCAAUAAAAACUGAAUUUUCAAAAAAAAUUGAAUUUUCUGGCAAUUAUUUCAUGGUUCCAAUUUUUAAGGUUUAAAGGUCACAUAUUCCACCUAUUUAAGAUAUAUUAAUGUUAGUCCCACAUGACCGCAUAGUUCAAGUUUCCAUAAUAUCAACCGUGCCUGUAUACCACUGGUUUUGUGCUCCUUUUCGAACAGUUUCAGGGUUUGUAGCUUUAAAUGAGAUCAGCCUUAGAAAUAACAAAAAACACCACCACCAACAAAAAAAAAAAAAAACUGGGGAAAAACUGAAUAAUUCUGCAGACACAGCGACAGACAGCACAAGAGGGAUCACAUUUGA